AAACAGAAGAAGACAAAGAGGAAGUUAGGAAAUAUGAGGAAGUAGUAAAACUUGCAGUUGUUGUGAAUCAUGAUCCUGUGGAGGUGAUCAUUAACAGCGGGGCUGACAGGUGGAGCAGCAGCACGACAGAGUCUACUGAGCUAGUGUCUGCUGCCAAAAUGGUGUCGGAAGGAAGCUCCUUCAUGAAGGGGAUGGCCAUGGGAGGCAUCUUCUGCUUGGUUCUAUCGCUCCUGGGCAGUUUCAGCCACGGACCAAAGUCCAGCACAGAGGAACACCACCAUCAUCAUCACGUCAAGGCAGCGAGUAAAGACGAGUUGAAAGAGCUCUCUGACGCUCAGAUGCAGGAGUUGAGCAAACAAGUCCAGGUUUAUUGCAUCGUCAUGGUCCAGCCGAAGCUGCUUGUUUAUUGGGCGGCAGCGCUGGAUACCUGGAGCAAACACUGUGACAAGCCUGUGUUUUACACCUCAGAGGCCUCAAAGGCACUUGAUGCAGUAGACCUGAAUGAAAAAGACGACUGGACGAGGUUACGUAAAGCUCUGAAGCAUGCUUAUGAGAACGCUGGAGACCUGCGCUGGUUCUUUUUGGCACAACCCACCACGUUUGCCAUCAUCGAGAAUCUCAAAUACCUGGUGCUCACGAAGGAUCCCAGCGAACCCUUCUACCUGGGCAACGUUAUGAAGUCAGGGGAGCUGGAGUAUGUGGACUAUGAGAGUGGCAUUGUUCUCAGCUAUGAAGCUCUGAAAAGGCUGGUGCAUGUGUUUCAGGAUGAAGACAAAUGUCCUGAGAGAGGACGAGCCCUGUGGAAGCUGAAUGAGGACAAGCAGCUGGCAGUGUGUCUCAAAUACACAGGUGUGUUUGCAGAGAAUGGAGAAGACACAUAUGGGAAGGGCUUGUUCAACAGCAAGAGCGUCCACACCCUUAUCUCAGACAGCAUGAAGGAGAACCCUAAUAACGUGGUGGGUGGCUGUUGCUCCGACAUGGCAGUCACAUUCACUGGGAUGUCACCAGGUCAGAUGCAGGUUAUGAUGUUCGGGGUUUACAGACUCCGUCCUUACGGCCACGAUUUCCAUGACGCAUUAGCCUUUUACCCUCCUGAAGGUUCAGACAAUGACUAGAGACUCAUUCCUUGAAACUGGAUAUGGCUUUUUAAUUCUAUUUUUUGUCAACAAUGAUGCAAAGCUGUGUUUGGGGAGGUUUUCCUUAUGCUGUUGGUAAAACUUGAUUCUGAGUUGGAACAACUCUUUUAUGUAUAUUUGUACCUUUUGCACUUGGCACAAUCAGCACCCCAUUCCUUUAUGGUGUAGGUAAACAGUCGAUGGGUGUGUCGUCCUUUUGAAUGAAGAUAGAACUGGGAGAUAUAGCAAAUAUGUGAUAAUGAGAUAAAUUAUCUGGAAGUAUGGGGUAUUGUCAUUUGUUAUGUAUCUAAAAUGUUUGUCUUUUUGUCGUCUUAAAGCUGCAUUAGUUGUUAAAUAACACUGUUUUGACAUUAUUUAAUUGUUUUAAGUGCUUGGCUCUCUGUGAGAAUACAAACUCAAACUUUAACUGAAACAUCAACAGUCAAUAUUAUAUCAAACAUGCCGGAGCCCCGCACCAAUUAAUAGUGAAGUUUAUUUUUCUUAACAUGGUAUGCUUAGUUGUAUCCACAUAUGAAGAACUUUACAGCUAAAUUACCAGUCAAUAGACAGUGUGACUGUUUCACUGACAUUUCAACACAUGACUUCAGACAUAUGACUCGUUUUUUUAGUAGAAGUAAACAAAAUCAAUCACUUAUUGAACUUAACGUAGCUUUGUGGUGUUGACCGUUAUAGGGUGGGAAUGAUGUUUUUCAUGGACUCUGAACAAACAUGGCUACCUUUUUAUAUUCUGCCUAAUUACCAGUGGUAGUAGUGGAUUGCCAGAUUGCAGUGGUGGAUGUAAUUAAGUACAUUAACAAUUAUAUAUUAAGUAUUUCUACUUAGUUUCCUGACAACAAAGUGAUAGUAUCAAUUAGUAUAAUACACUCUGAAACAAGUUUUUCCACAUCAUGAAUAAUUUUUUAUUUGUGACUUGAAUUUGUAUGCAGGACUAAUAAAGUAUUAAAUGUGAUUUAAGUAUUUUUAGAUUCAAGUAUCUUGAGUUCUUCCACCACUGGUUAUAGCCUCACAUGUAGUUUAUGUAAAUGGUUUAAUGGAAGGUUCUUUUGGAAACCCUAUUCAAAUAUGCAUGUUUAAUUUAAUCAAAGGUUAAUAACACUACCGACUGUAAGGGCUCAUUGAUAUAAAGGGGAUGGACAAAAUAUUAGAAACUUGUCUUGAGUAAAGCACAUCGCAAGUACAAGCCACAACAGCUCAAAAACUAAUAGUUUAAUUAACAUAUCUUUCACAUUAUUAUAGGUUUUGUUGUAGGAAAGUUGUAUUUCACUCCAAUAGUGAAUGUUCCAAUAAACUGGCAAAUGAGUGUUAAUUGAAGAGCACUGAAAACCAGUUUAACCUGAAAGGAGUGUCAUUGUGGAACUGUAAAGCAGAACAGAACAGGUUUAACAUGCCAAGACCACUUCUUCAGUUAGUAAGUAAACGCUCUCACAUCCUGCAUUGCCUGACUGUUGACUAUGGCACAACUUAAUAAUAUAUUUGACUUCUUUGUCAUGUGUAUGGUUGGAUUCAGAUUCUAAAAUCACAGGCAACACAAUAACAUGAGCAUCUUUAAUUGGAUCCAAUGCAA